AUAUUGCAAGAAAAUUACAAGUAAUAGUAAAAUGGAGAAGUUAAUGUGGGUGAGAUUAGUGACAAUAUUUCUUGUUUUAUUUGGUAGAGUAUCCAAUAUUGCAAUUGCACAAAAUACAAAUGCAGCAUUUCCUGCUGUGUUUGCAUUUGGUGACUCAAUCUUUGACACUGGAAAUAAUAACAACCUUUUAACUGCAUCUAAGUGUAAUUUUCCUCCAUAUGGCAAGGAUUUCUACGGAGGACGGGCUACCGGAAGAUUCGGUAACGGCAGAGUUUUAUCAGAUUUGAUAACGUCGGCAUUGGGAGUGAAAGACACAUUGCCAGCGUUCUUGAAUCCAGCUUUAACCGCGCAAGAUCUUCCUACUGGGGUAUGCUUUGCAUCAGGUGGUUCAGGGUGGGACGAUUUGACAGCAAACGUGCAGGGAGGAGUAUUGACAAUGGGCACUCAAUUGAGAUACUUUGAACAAUACAUAACAAAGUUGAGAGCAGUUGUUGGAACAGAAAAAGCUGCUGAUAUAAUAUCCAAAGCUUUGUUUAUAAUAUCGGCAGGAAACAAUGACGUUGCAUUCGCUCAUUCUUUUACUAUAAGGCAUCUUUUGCCUUUCAAUGUAUAUGGCGGUCAAUUAGUCGGCGCAAGUCAAAAUUUCCUCAAGAGUCUGUAUCAAUUGGGCGCACGACACGUGUGGGUUUUAAGUACACUGCCAUUGGGAUGCCUACCUGCUGCUAGAUCAAUUACUGGACCAUUGAGGUUAUGUGUAGAUGUUGAGAAUAUUUUGGCAACACAAUUCAAUGGUUGGUUAGCAAAUGGACUUGCAAGUCUUAAAAGCUCUCUUCCUGAUUAUGAUCUUAGAUUCGUUGAUGUCUAUACUCCUAUGCUUCGUCUCAUACAGAAUCCUCUUGCAGCAGGGUUUGUGAAUGUGUGGAAUGGGUGCUGUGGAACAGGAACAUUUGAAAUGGGAGCAGCAUGCAAUGUAUUUACAUUCCAAUGUCCAAGUGAUGCAUCAUACUUUUUCUGGGAUGUUGCUCAUCCUUCAGAGAGAGCUUAUAAAGCCACAAUUGCUCAAUUGUUUCACGCUCAAAACUACGAUCUUACUAGUUACAAUAUUUCCCAAACUAUUCAUCCUUUGAAUGUAUCAAAUCUUAUCUUUUAAUUAUGUAAAUUAAAUAAUUUAAUAAUUAUCAAAGGGAUUCUUAAUUGUUCAUUCAAACAAAAUUAUAAUGAAAUGGACAAUUGGUUUGUAACUGUUA